AUGGCACUUGGAAUGAGAUAUAUGUGUGGUCCCUUACACGAUACAAUCAAACAGGGCUGCGCACUAAUCCUCAUCCCCGACAUUCUCCAACGCUAUUAUGGAACCACAAAAUCCAUUGCCAAGAUGUACCGAGCAGGCGAACGAUACAUGGCCUAUAUGAAAGGCAAAGAGCGCUUUGGUGGACUUAUCGAACAUGGCCUUGGAGAUUGGGGUCGAGGAAUCGCGCAUGGAAAUGCACAAGCAAACAUUGAAACAGCUAUUUAUCACGAAUGUCUACUCUGCAUGUCGCGAUUUGCUUCUCACUUGAACUUGGACGACGAGAAAAAGAGUUGGGAGAAAGAAGCGAAGAGAAUAUAUGACGUGUAUAAUAAACACUUGUUGGUAACGGACGAUCCAUCUCGUCCUCACGCUUACUAUACAUCUCGGGACGACUACCCCAAUCACGAUUGCGACGCUGUGUGCCAAGCUUUCGCUCUCCAGUUCAACAUAGUUCCCGAGGCGCAAAUCUCUACCAUUCAAACAUCUUUUUUCUCCGACGUCUCGGAUGGUAAACUGCGCUCUGGAGAAAUCGGUCUAAGGUACCUCUUUAACACGCUUGGGGAUCUGAGACGAUCCGAUCUAUUGCUGUAA